AUGAUUAGACGGAACCUGGGUCAAUCCACUCGCUCCAUCUAUCUGGGACUGGCAUGUCUGUCCCUCACCCUCCAUCUCCUUCUGGCAAUUUUUUGCCUUUCAGUCCUCCAGACUGCCUGUGUCUUUCCCGCCUCAUCCUCUUCCUCCUCCAUUCCAAGUACAGAUACUCAGCAUCAUGAGUCUAUCUCCCAGUCUCUACUGCUGAUACCACCUCCUCAAACAAACUGCAGAUGCGCCCCCCACACUGAAUUGCAUCACAAACUGAGUGCAAACAUGUUACACCAUAAAGACAAAGGCUCAUUUAGUGAAGUCACUGAGAGUAAAGAACUGAUUGGAGUUGAAAAUGGUUCAGAAAGUCAUGGUCCUUCUAAGCUAGAGGCACUGUUCAAGCAUCCAAUGUACAACCUGCCAUGGCCAGAGCUGCAAAAAGAUGAUUGGCUGCUGCGACUGAAAACAGAUGAGGAUGCGAAGGAUACAGAAAAUCAGGAAGAAGAGAAGGAAGACACCUUUUCAAAUGACAGCGAGUGGCAAAGUGCCAGUCAGGAAGAAGGCUAUGACAAAGUCACAUGGACCACUGAUGUGAAGACCCACCCUCCCUGGCUGCAGUUCCACCUUGGCAUUUCUCGCUGGGAGCUGUACAACAGGAAAGACCCCAACCUAGCUCAGCUGACUCACUAUUUGGCAAAACGCAUCCUUGGUGCAGUUCAAAAAAAAGGAGGCACCCAACUGAAACUGCUCAUAUCAUUCCCAAAUUAUGGACAAGCUCUGCUCAAACCCAUGAAGCAAUCCAGAGAUGCAGAGACUGAUGUAAACCUCUUCUACUUCUCUGACUUUGAAAGACACAAUGCAGAGAUUUCUGCCUUUCACCUUGACAGAUUGCUGGGCUUUAAUAGAAUCCCUCCAGUGGUUGGUCGGCUCAUCAAUGACACAGAGAUCAAAGAGAUUACCACUGACCACAGGCUGUCUAAGACCUUCUUCACUUCCCUGCUGGGAAGGUGUUGUUUCUAUGGGCAGUGUGAGUACUACUGCUCAGUAGAGCACCCAGUGUGCGGUCGCCACAUAUGUUGGAGGUUCCUGGCUGCGAUGCUACCUGACCUCACCAUUGUUCCUCGCAGGUCCUGGAGAUCACCGUGGAGGCGAUCUUACAGUCGCACCAAGCUUGCACAGUGGGAAAAAGACCCAGCCUACUGUGAUACAGUGAAACAGACACCUCCUUACAACCAAGGAACCAGACUGGUGGAUCUCAUAGAUAUGGCUGUCCUGGACUUCCUCAUGAGCAACAUGGACAGACAUCACUAUGAGACAUUUGAGCAGUUUGGCAAUGACACUUUUCUUCUUCACCUUGAUAAUGGGCGGGCAUUUGGACGUCACUCUCAAGAUGAGCCAUCUGUUCUAGCUCCUUUGCAACAGUGUUGCAGGAUCCGUCGUUCCACCCUCCUCCGCUUACGUCUCCUGUCUCUUUCUGAUUUCCGUCUGAGCGACGUCAUGCGGGAAUCUUUGACUCAGGAUCCUUUGUCACGUGUGGCCCCGCUCCUCUCUGAGCCGCACCUGUCUGCUUUGGACCGACGCCUUGCAAAAGUCCUGCAAGUGGUGCAGACCUGUCAGGAAAAGCAUGAAGAUGUCAUUUACAAUGACUUGGAGGCACAUGAUCAAGGGCUAUGAUCAGCUAUCACUAUG